UCAACUGUUUCUGAGUCAAAGUGGUGUCGUCUCGAUCAAUUCUAUGCAUACUUGGCUUCACGUUCAUGAUCCACAUGAUGCUCUGCAUCAUAACCACUGGUUCCGUCCUUCCGAACUCUUACCCCUUUCGUCACAUAUGAAGUCUCCGAUGGUGAAGGUGACUUGUGUGCUCUCAGUCGAAGUCUUCUUUAGAGAGCGAGUCGGUACAAUUAAUUCCAUGCAUGAUGUAAUGGAGCGGAGAAAGUUAGAGCAUCAUGGAAUGGAAGAAAUUGUGUGCAUCAGUUGGCUUACAAAUUUGUGAUUUGGCAUAGCGUAGCAUGCACCUCCACCUUCGCCCUGUUCUUCUGAUUGUGGCGAACAGGAGUAGGUAGGUAGGGAGGGAGAUCAAACUGCGCGCCAUGGGUUUCCCUUUACGCUUCUUAUCAUCACUGUUGUUGUCCCUCUUGGCCCUCCUCCUCCACCGGGCCACGGUGACAAGUGGGUGUUUCAGCAUGGAGAGGGAGGCACUGUUGGACUUCAAAGCCGGCAUCCACGACACCCAUAACCGGCUAUCUUCUUGGGUAGGCCAAGACUGCUGCGCAUGGGAGGGGGUCAUCUGUGGUGCCACCAUUGGCCACGUCGUCAUGCUGGACCUUCGAAACACCAAUACAUAUGAUUGGGCAUUACGCGGUGAGAGGAUGAACUCGUCAUUGCUUGCUUUAUCACAUCUGGAGCACUUGGAUCUUAGCUUCAAUGAUUUCAGCGGGAUCCGCAUACCGGAAUUCAUCGACUCCUUCAAGAAACUGAGAUACCUCAAUCUAUCUUCUACAUAUUUCAUGGGAGGAAUACCUGUUGACAACCUCGACUGGCUCUCCCAUCUCACGUCCUUGAAGCACCUGGACUUGAGCGGGUUGAACCUAACCGGUGCCCCAGAUUGGUUCUCAUCGGUGAACAUGCUGCCUUCCCUCCAAGUGUUAAGUAUGUCUUCCGUUGGUCUCGAUACCAUCCCAGCAACUGUUGUCCACGUCAACUUCACCUCCUCUCUUACCGUCCUUGAUCUCUCCUAUAAUAAUUUCAACUCCACCUUACCCAAAUGGUUGGGGAAUAUUAGUAGUCUUACCCAUCUUGAUCUUCAGCAUUCUGGGUUCCAUGGCGUUAUUCCUGAUGCAAUUGGAGACUUGGGCUCUCUUACUUUUCUUGAUAUAGGAUUACCGAGAUCCAUGGUUGAUCUCCAUAGACUGAAAGAAUUAUAUAUGUCGGACAACCACUUGACAGGAAAUUUGAGCGGUUGGCUGGAGCAAAUGACGAAUCUCAUCAUUUUGGAUCUCCGAUCUAAUUUAUUCAACGGUUCCACGCCUUCCUCCAUUGGUAAGUUCUCUAAUCUCACUGAAUUGAAUCUCAGUGGAAAUUCUCUUGGAGGUGUCAUUUCAGAAGUUCAUUUUGAGAAUCUUACGAGAUUGCAAGUGUUGGACUUGCAUGACAACCCCAUCACCAUAUCAAUUCGGCAGAGUUGGGUCCCCCCUUUCCAACUCAGAUUAGUAUAUUUAACCAAUUGUCAGUUGGGACCUCAAUUUCCAGAAUGGUUGCAGUUUCAAACACAGAUCGAAGAAUUACAUUUGGCAAACUGUAAAAUUGCAGGGACAAUGCCCGCUUGGUUUGGGAAUAUUUCAUCUUCUACCAUCACAUAUUUAGACCUUUCCAACAACCAAAUAGGAGGGAAGCUGCCAUCUUCUUUAAAGUUCACCAAGUUGGAAAGAUUACAUUUGGAAUCCAACAGAUUUGAAGGUCCAUUGCCAACGAUGCUACCGUCUACACUUGAUAUUCUAUACCUCUUCAAUAAUUCCUUUACAGGGCAAUUGCCGAUAUGGCCCCAUGUUCAAUUAGUAUCACUCUCAGAUAACAUGCUUGAUGGUGGCUUAUCUUCAACAAUCUGUCAAUGGACAUAUCUCGGAAACCUUGACCUUUCGAGCAACAAAUUACUUGGUGAGAUCCCUUAUUGUCUGGGAAAAUCAUUACAAAAUCUUUAUAUCUUGAAUUUGGACAACAAUCACUUCUCGGGUGAAAUACCACACACGAUCGGUUUUUUAAGUGAGCUUCGGCUAUUGCAACUGAAAAAUAAUAGUUUUUCGGGUGAGGUUCCUUUGUCAUUGAAAAAUUGUACAAAGUUACUGUUUCUUGAUCUGGCUCAAAAUAAUCUUGUCGGAAGUAUAAUGCUAUGGAUGGGAGAAAAUCUACAACAACUGCUAGUACUUCGUCUACGUUCAAAUAUGUUUUCUGGAGUUAUUCCUUGGCAACUUGCUCGAUUUGAACAGCUUCAAAUAUUGGAUCUUGCCAAUAACAACUUCUCUGGAUCAAUACCUCACAACAUUGGUAAUUUAAGUACCAUGAGAUCGACAUCACAAUAUAAUGAUUUUUGUUAUAAUGAAUUAGAUGUCUUUACGAAGGGACAAGAUCUUUAUUAUUUACAUUGCAGCAUGCAACUAAUGAAAAGUUUAGAUCUUUCAAACAAUCAUCUAACCGGAGAGAUACCAAAAGGAGUUGGAGACCUUGCAGGACUCAAAAACUUAAAUUUGUCAAGAAAUCAUUUACAAGGAAAAAUUCCUUGGGAGAUAGGAGGAAUGAUAUCAUUAGAAUCCCUUGAUCUAUCGAUAAAUGACCUUUUUGGUAGCAUUCCUGAGAGCUUAUCGGUUUUAUAUUUCUUGAGCUACUUGAAUUUAUCAUAUAAUAAUCUUUCGGGAAUGAUACCAUCUGGUCAUCAACUCCAAACCUUUAUUGAUCCAUCCAUCUAUAUGGGCAAUGCUGACUUAUGUGGACCACCAAUUUUGAAAAAUUGUUUUAACAAUAAAACAACUCAAAAUAUUUUGCAAGAGUACAAGAAGGAGAAUCACGAGUGGCUAUGGUUCUAUAUCAGCAUGAUACUAGGAUAUGUGAUGGGAUUUUGGACCUUUUAUGGUAUUCUCUUCCUCAAAGACAUAUGGAGGCAUGUUUAUUUCCAUAUGAUUGAUGAUAUGUAUGAUCGGUUCUGGGUACAAUGGCAUUUAAUCUUUUUGACGGUUACUUAGACUUUAAUCCUAAAAUUUCUAAUGUGGAUAAUCCAAGACUUUACCGUAGAUGGGGGAGAAGAUGCCUACGAGUAGAUUGAAUUUGGUUAUGUAUCAAGACAACAAAUUAUAUUGUUUAUGGUUCAAACUCUUGAGACUUGUGAUGUAAUAAUCCAUUAGUGGGAUGUCUUUGGUGAACUUAUUUAUGUUUGAGAGCUCAAUAUGUAGCUGCUGGGCAUUAUGGAUGUAUAUGUUUUGUA